CUCACACUCCCCUCAACUCUCUUCACAAUCACAGCAACUUCAGCCCACAGCUAGUGUUGUCGACUUACAAACUGUUUCGCGACAACUACCUUAUCAGCAUUCACCAUGGCCCCCAACAGAGUAAUCCUCGUUACCGGUGCCAACUCCGGCAUCGGGUACGACACCAGCUACGCCCUGGCCGCCGCCUCGGCCAACAACCACGUAAUCAUGGGCUGUCGUAGCCUAACCAAAGGCACCAAGGCCCUCGAGGAGCUCCAGGCCCGCAAGCCAGCCGGGACGCUAAGCCUCCUGGAGCUAGACGUGUCCACGGACGAGUCGAUCGCAUCCGCCGUCGAGAAGAUAACCGCCGACCACGGCGUCCUGGACGUGCUCGUCAACAACGCCGGCAUCAUCUUCCCGCGGGCCGAAAGCCGCCGCGCCGCCUUGGCGGAGACGAUGAACGUCAACGCCUUCGGGCCCCUCCUGCUCGCCGAGGCGCUGCUCCCGCUCCUGAAGAAGUCCGAGGACCCCCGCAUCAUCAACGUCUCCUCCGGGCUGGGGUCCAUCAGCGAGCGGCUCGUCCCGGACCAGUUCGGCUCCGACAUCACGGCUGAGAAUUACCGCAUGUCCAAGGCGGCUAUGAAUAUGGCCACGGCCUGCUUGUAUAUGAACAAUAGGGCGUGGGGGGUUAAGGUGUGGUCGUUCUGCCCCGGGUAUGUGGUGACCAAUCUGUCGGGCGAGGAGGAUCGGGAGAACCGAGUCAAGCAAGGGGCCGAGAGCUCCGAGACGAGUGCCGUGGGGAUUCUGGAGAUUGUCGAGGGGAAGAGGGACGCGGAGGUUGGAACGUUUAUUCAGAGACGGGGCGGCCGCUAUGACUGGUAGAGUCUAGACGGUUUCUUCGAUCGCUGAGGGGACUAAGCUCGGGU